GUUUUCUUGAAUAAUAUGAUGAAUUUUGAAAUUGAACCAUUUGAGAAUGUUUCAAACUUAGAAAGUGAUGCCCACAUCAACUAUGAUGAAAUAAUUACUGAGGCUGAGCUGAAUCUGGCGACCAACGGUUGUUAUCCAGAUAUUAACAGCACAAGCAGUGAUGUAGUUUUAAAUGAUUUGAUUUGCAACAGCAAAGGGGAAGGUUGUAAAUAUGGAAUGGAUCAAAUUUUGGAAGGAAACUCUUCACAGGAUGAUGGUUUCCAGAAUAACAUGAUGAAUUUUGAGUUUGAAGAAUACGAGAAUGUUUCUAGUUUAGAAAAGGAGCUUGUUAAUCACAAAAAUACUGCAGUUGAACCAAAUUUGUCGACCAACGAAUGUUAUCGAGAUAUUAACAGCAAGGACAUUGAUGUAGUUUUAAAUGAAUUGAUUUGCAGUAGCAAAGGGCAAGAAAUAAACGACGACUUUUUUUAUGACGAUUUUCUUGGCCAAGUGAACUUCUUUGGUAUCGAAGGGCCCUACAAUAAUUGUAACAAUCAAAGUGAGUGCAAAUAUGUAACUCAAGAUUUGGAUAAUCUCAACUUUACAGAUUCUGGAGUCUUGCUUCCUGAAACUGCCGAAAAAACAAUACCGAAGAAGAAAGAGGAGGUUUUUGAUGAAGAUCUAUUAUCUGAGACCUCUCAAAAGGAGCAUCAUGUUGAAAGAAUAUCUUCUUGUAAAAUCUGCUCAGAAUCAUUGACACAAAGUGAAAGUUUGAAAGAGAAUGAAAAGGUUAAUUCUGGGAAAAAACCAUUUCUUUGUAAUAAUAACUAUUACAAUAGUCACGUGAAAAAACAUGGGAAAACUCAUACUGAUGAAAAGCCAUUUCACUAUAAAAUCUGCUCAGAAUCGUUCACACAAAACAAUAUGAAAACCCAUGAAAAAAACCAUACUGAAGAAAGGCGAUUCCUUCGUGAAGUCUGUUCAAAGUCAUUCAUCAGAAAUAAUGGAUUGAAAAAUCAUGAAAAAAUGCAUACUGAAAAUAAACCUUUUCACUGUAAAUUCUGUUCAGAAUCGUUCAUUUACAGUUUUUCUUUGAAACGACAUGAAAAAUCUCAUACUGAGGAAGGGGACUUUCAAUGUAAAAUAUGUUCAGAAUGUUUUACACACAGUGCUAUUUUGAAAGAACAUGAAAAAUUACAUACUAGGGAAAAGCUGUUUCGUUGUAAAGUCUGCCUAAAAUGUUUCAGCCGAAAUGAUAGAUUGAUACUCCAUGAAAGAAUUCAUACUGUAGAAAGACCAUUUCUUUGUAAAAUUUGUUUCAAAUCAUUCAAUCAUAAUAGUUAUUUGAAAAGACAUGAAAAGAUUCAUAUUGGGGAAAGAUCGUUUCAGUGUAAAUUCUGCUCAAAAUUUUUCAACAAAAGCGCUAGAUUGGAAAGGCAUGAAAAAAUACACAGUAGGAUAAAAGUGUUUCAAUGUAAAAUCUGCUUGAAAUUUCUCAGCCGAAGUGAUAGAUUGAAACUCCAUGAGAGAAUUCAUACUGGAGAAAGACCGUUUUUGUGUAAAAUCUGUUCCAAAUCAUUCACUGAUAGAAAUGGUUUGAAAAGACAUGAAAGAAUACAUACUGGGGAAAAACCAUUUCGCUGUAAAAUCUGCUCAAAAUCUUUCACCCAAAGUGUUAAUUUGAAAUCCCAUGAAAAAAUGCAUACCAGAGAGAGGUCAUUUCUUUGUGAAAUAUGUCCAGAGUCAUUCAUUACAAAUAAAGAUCUGAAAAAACAUGGAAGAGUUCAUGUGGAGAAAAAUUGUUCCAUUGAAAAAUCUGUUUAAAACAUUUUUUGAAAUAGGAGUUUCAAGUUGCGAAAGUGAAACUCAUACAAAUCUGUAUACAGUUAAAUAUUGUUAUAAUGAUGAAAAUAAUAAAGUGAUUUUGAAUUCGAA